GAAUAAGCACAAGGGUUUUCACACUUACUCGGUAUGAUUGAAUGAUGACAGAGAGGAGCGAAUAACUAAGGUGAAAUAUGGCACUGCGCAGCUCUCCCACUCACGUGGAGAUUGGAGACUCUGAUCUGGAUGACUGGGAAGUAAAAGGCUCUGGAGGUUUCGGACAAGUCUACAAGGCCAGACAUCAAAUGUGGUGCUGCGAUGUGGCCGUUAAACUGCUCCACGAUGACGAUGGGACCAGUUCAUCCUUGCUGCGUGAAGUCAGAAUGAUGUGUAAAGGAAGCAGCCCAUACGUCAUUCCAGUCCUUGGGGUCUUUAAAGGUCAUGGUCCCUCUUUUGGACCAGUAAAGCUUGGGCUGGUCAUGGAGUUCAUGGAGAGAGGAUCACUUGCCAACCUGCAGAGAAAUUUACAAGGACCCCCACCCUGGCCGCUGGCCUUCAGACUGACCCACCAGGUGGCCCUAGGUAUAAACUUCCUCCACAAUCUCUCUCCUGCUCUGCUGCACCUGGACCUAAAGCCGAGCAACGUGCUGCUGGACUCCUUUCUGAAUGCCAAGCUUACAGAUUUCGGCCUUGCCAAGUUUUCCCAAAGUGUCACACGGAAAUCUAAGAAGUACAGCGACGAAGAAGAAGGGGGAACUAUCAGCUACAUGCCCCCAGAGGCAUUUAGCAUCUCAUACAACCCAACUCGGGCAUCUGAUAUCUACAGCUAUGGUAUACUGUUGUGGUCCAUCGUCACAGGAAAAGAACCAUAUCCACAUGCAUUGUCCAGCAUAGUUCGUCUCCGCAUCCCGCAGGGAGACCGUCCAUCGCUGGACGAGAUCCGUUGUUUGGCUGCAGGGCGUGCCGGGUUAGCACGACUAAUGGAGCUCAUGCAGAAAUGCUGGGAGGCUAAACCUGCUCAAAGACCCACUUCUCAUGUGUGCACAAUUGUGACAGAAGAGCCGUAUAAGAUGCACAAACGUGCAAUUAUUGACGCCGUUCAUGGAGUGCUGAAGAAACUGGACCAAACGGAAACAGAGGAAAUGACUGAGCAGUUUGAGAGGUUUUCUAUUGCUCAGUCUGCAGGUCUGUUUUACCAUAAUCAGCGUAUAUUAGAUUCUGUGAUAUUGUUUUGUAUGUUUCGCACCAUGUUUAACACCACACAUUUAAAGCAUUAG